UCACUAAAUCAAUUGUACAUAUAUAUUAUAAACGAUUUUAGGACGUAUAAAUAAUAUCAUAAAAAUUGCAAUAUGAUUUUUGAUACCAUUUAUAACACUCUUCUGUAAGACAAAAUGAACAGCUGAUACGUGAUAAGCUAGGGAAAGCAUAUUACAUAUAUUUAGUCUGUAUUCUGUAUAUGUAUGUACGUAUAACUUGUUCACAAGCACAAUAGUAAGCUUGGUAGGUAAACUGUGAGGCGAUGUAUGACGAAUACCAUGAAAGAAUUGUCUCACUAGGAACAUCAACAGUGCAGUAUUCAAUGAAACAGUUCUAUGACGCUAACAAGAUUAUAAAUUUUAAACUUUGCAAAUUUGCUACAUAGAUAAUUAAAUUUUCAUUGGAAUUGAUCAAGGCAAGAGAAUCAUGAAGGAGUGUGGACAUUCUCAUAAAUGAACAUAAAUAAUAUUAAAACGGUUAUGAAUUUCUAAAAUUUCAUUCAAAGAAACAAUAGCAUUUAUUUAUGCUUGUAAUUGUUUUAAGUGAUCAUUUUUAUAUUCAAAAUCUGGUUGCACACAAUUUUGUUCCAGUUUCUAUAAUUUAUAAAGUACAUAAUUUUCUAGGUGCAUGGACCACAAAAGAUUAAACAAAUACAAUGCAGUCACAGUUACCAGCAACUCCUAGAAAAUUACCAGUAUUUGUAUUUCCCCAAAGUAUCACUUUUUUUUUAGACGAUCAAUCUACUCACAAACAAGUUUUAACUUUGUAUAACCCAUAUGAUUUUCCAAUAAAAUUUAAAGUACUUUGUACUGCACCAAAUAAAUAUAAAGUUGUUGAUCCAGAAGGAACCAUAAAAGCAAGAUGUUGUGUUGAUAUCGUUGUAAGACACACGUCACUCCUAUUAAGUAAUUGCAAUGUCACUGACAAAUUUAGAAUACAAAUGCAAGAACAUCCAACUAAACAGGCUAUAGGAAAAAGAGAUGUUGAAGCUAAAUUACUUCCUGGGACAACAGAUUCUGCUGGGAGAUCUACCCCAGAUCCAGAAAUGUUUCAACAACUUCCUAUAAAUGAAAGUAGACAACAACAAUCUUAUGCACUUAUAGCUCAAAAUAAAACAAUUGAUAAAUCUACAUUCAAGACACACAAAAAGUCAUUAAAGUCUGAUUUGUUUCAUAGAAGUAUUCAAGAUAAUAGUCUAUCCACAAAUAUAAAAAGUGCCAAUUAUGUUGUUAUGGAUAAAGGAGGAACAAAUUAUGUAGCAUUGAUUGCUGGAAUCAUUUGUAUAGUUGGAUUACUUUUACCUACAGAGGGAGAGCAGAAUAAUAGAGUGCCUGAUUAUCUCCAUCUCUCUAUAAAUUUUAAAUUAAUAUUUUCAUUUGUAUUAGGUAUGGUCACGAUUAUUAUUUUAAGGCUGUAAUUGUUGGCUUUGUUUAUGAAAAGAGAGUUUAUACAAUCAUGGGACAAAAGCACAAUUCAUGGUAGGUUUCCUUGGCAUGAAACCAUUUUUUUGUUACUAAAUAUACCUGAAUCUAGUCUAUAAAGAAUUAAUUAUCACAUUAUAUUGUGGAUAAUGCUAAUAUUUAUUGACAGAUAUAAAAUCUUUUAUUCUUUUAAUAUAUACGGAGUUAUACAUUUUUCUUCAAGUUCGCGCUUUAUAGCAUUAUGUACGCGUUAAAUAAAUUUCUACGUAUAUUACAAUUGAAGGAAAAUCACUUUUUUUAGAUCUUACAAAUUAAAAUAUAAUGAUAAAAAAUGUUUACUAGUACUUCGUUUUAGUUAAAAUGUUUGAUGUUUAAACGCAUUAUGUACAAAAUACCUUAUGAUUAUGUACACAUUCUAAAGAAACAUGAUCUCGUGUAAAAAUGUAUAAAUAUCUUAUCCAAAAUGGGCUUCAAAUUUUAAGUACCUUUGAAUAAAAAUACUUAAAAUGGAAAA